AUGGCGGACAACAGAAGCAUCAGCUUGGAAGAGAUCAGGAAGGAGAAUGUUGAUCUUGAGAGCAUACCGGUUCAAGAAGUAUUUGAACAGCUAAAUUGCUCAAGGGAAGGAUUGACCACCCAGGAAGCACAACAGAGGCUCCAAAUCUUUGGGCCUAACAAGCUAGAGGAGAAAAAGGAAAGCAAAAUUCUCAAGUUCUUGGGUUUUAUGUGGAACCCUUUGUCAUGGGUCAUGGAAGCAGCUGCAGUCAUAGCCAUUGCCUUGGCAAAUGGACAGGGCAAGCCUCCAGAUUGGCAAGAUUUUCUUGGCAUUAUAAUUCUGCUGGUUAUCAACUCCACCAUAAGCUUCGUUGAAGAAAACAAUGCUGGCAAUGCUGCAGCAGCUCUAAUGGCCGGUCUUGCACCAAAAACAAAGGUGUUGAGGGAUGGUAGAUGGAUGGAGCAGGAUGCGGCCAUACUGGUUCCAGGUGAUAUAAUAAGCAUCAAGCUGGGAGAUAUCAUCCCUGCUGAUGCUCGUCUCCUGGAGGGGGAUCCUCUCAAGAUUGAUCAAUCUGCCCUUACUGGUGAGUCGCUGCCCGUGACAAAGAACCCAGCCGACGAAGUGUUUUCUGGUUCCACCUGUAAGCAAGGCGAGAUUGAGGCAGUUGUGAUCGCCACUGGAAUUAACACCUUUUUCGGAAAAGCAGCUCAUCUUGUUGACAGCACCAACCAAGUUGGCCAUUUCCAGAAGGUGUUGACUGCCAUUGGCAACUUCUGCAUUUGUUCCAUUGCUGUGGGAAUAAUGGUAGAGGUGGUGGUGAUGUUCCCAAUUCAGAAACGCAGGUAUAGAGAUGGGAUUGAUAAUCUCUUGGUGCUUCUCAUUGGUGGCAUUCCAAUUGCUAUGCCAACAGUUUUGUCUGUGACAAUGGCAAUUGGGUCCCACCGGCUAUCACAGCAAGGUGCUAUCACCAAGAGGAUGACUGCUAUAGAAGAGAUGGCUGGGAUGGAUGUCCUUUGUAGUGACAAGACAGGAACCCUCACUUUAAACAAGCUUACAGUAGACAAGAACCUAAUUGAGGUGUUUACAAAAGAUGUGGAUAGGGAUACUGUAAUUCUUCUUGGAGCUAGGGCUUCCAGGGUGGAGAAUCAAGAUGCCAUUGAUGCUUGCAUAGUUGGAAUGUUGGCUGAUCCAAGAGAGGCAAGAGCAGAUAUUACUGAGGUGCAUUUUCUUCCCUUUAAUCCUGUAGACAAACGCACUGCUAUCACUUAUUUUGACUCCCGUGGAGAUUGGUAUAGAGUCAGCAAAGGUGCUCCUGAACAGAUUGCUGAUUUAUGUGGCCUAAGGGAAGAUAUGAAGAGGAAACUUCAUUCUAUAAUUGACAAGUUUGCUGAUCGGGGUCUUCGCUCUCUUGCUGUUGCCCAACAGACCGUACCAGAGAAGACCAAGGAGGGUCAGGGAGGACCCUGGGUAUUUGUGGGACUCUUGCCUCUCUUUGAUCCUCCGAGGCAUGAUAGUGGAGAAACCAUCAAACGUGCCUUACACUUAGGUGUCAAUGUUAAGAUGAUUACUGGCGAUCAGCUCGCCAUUGCCAAGGAGACUGGUCGAAGGCUUGGCAUGGGGAUCAACAUGUAUCCUUCUUCGUCCCUCCUCGGUCAACACAAAGAUGAAACCAUUUCUAACCUUCCUGUUGAGGAGCUCAUUGAGAAGGCAGAUGGCUUUGCUGGCGUCUUCCCUGAACAUAAAUAUGAGAUUGUGAAAAAGCUGCAAGAGAGAAAGCACAUUUGUGGGAUGACAGGAGACGGUGUGAAUGAUGCCCCAGCACUAAAGAAGGCUGAUAUUGGAAUUGCAGUGGCUGAUGCCACCGAUGCUGCCCGGGGUGCAUCAGACAUAGUGCUGACAGAGCCAGGACUUAGCGUGAUAGUUAGUGCUGUUUUGACAAGUAGAGCUAUAUUCCAGAGAAUGAAGAAUUAUACCAUAUAUGCAGUUUCCAUAACAAUCAGAAUUGUCCUUGGUUUUAUGCUCAUUGCACUUAUUUGGAAGUUCGAUUUCUCACCAUUCAUGGUUCUAAUUAUUGCCAUCCUAAAUGAUGGAACCAUCAUGACCAUUUCAAAAGACAAGGUGCGACCAUCACCCAUGCCAGACUCAUGGAAGCUGAGAGAAAUUUUUGCUACUGGUAUAGUUUUGGGCACUUAUCUUGCUGUGAUGACUGUCAUUUUCUUUUGGGCUGCACAGGGUUCAAAUUUCUUCUCGGAUAAAUUUGGUGUAAGGUCAAUCAGAGACAAGCACCACGAGCUAAAUUCAGCACUCUACCUGCAAGUGAGUAUUGUUAGUCAAGCACUCAUCUUUGUUACUCGGUCCAGGAGCUGGUCUUUUGUAGAACGUCCUGGUCUUCUGCUCGUGGGUGCUUUUGUAGUAGCACAACUGAUAGCCACUUUGAUUGCGGUCUAUGCAAACUGGGAAUUUGCUUAUAUUCAUGGCAUAGGCUGGGGAUGGGCUGGAGUGAUUUGGCUCUAUAGUGUUAUCUUCUACAUCCCUCUGGAUGUAAUGAAAUUUUUUAUAAGAUAUUGCUUGACCGGCAGAGCUUGGAAUAACCUACUUCAGAACAAGACCGCUUUCACUACAAAGAAGGAUUAUGGUAGGGGAGAAAGGGAGGCACAAUGGGCUUUGGCUCAGCGCACAUUGCAUGGCCUCCAUCCUCCAGAGAACUCGGAUAUUUUGAAUGACAAAAACAACUAUAGAGAGUUGUCUGAAAUUGCUGAACAGGCCAAGAAACGUGCUGAGGUCGCAAGGCUAAGGGAGCUUCAUACGCUCAAGGGGCAUGUGGAAUCAGUGGUGAAGCUCAAGGGUCUUGACAUCGAGACGAUCCAACAACACUACACAGUUUAG